UGUUCGAGAUCGUACUCGUAUUACUGAUGGACGAGUAGAGGACGAUGAUAUGCAAAUUUGCAGUCAUGCGAUUGGUCAUCCAUAUUGUUCCCCUUUACCCCCCAAUCCUCGAUUCGUGUAACACACACCAUUUCAUUCAUGUAAAAAAGUUCGAACAAUAAACACCUAACUGUAGAAAAAUACGCCACAGACAAAACAGUUUUAUUUCUCGGAAACCAAAUUCACCAAGCCUCUCAACCAGCAAACAAAAUCGCAAGCCGCACCAUUUUUUGGACCAUCGAGCCAAAUUCAAGAUUCAGCGACCAUUGGAAUCAUUGCAAGUGGCGGUAGUUAUUUGCUGGAAGACGAAGACGCGCUGCUUUGGAUGAAUUUUGGACUACGGCCUACACACAGGACAACUGGAGACCAAGCGCACAUCGGUAUCGAAGUAUUAUUGGCUUUCAUCGAAUAUCAUACGCAAUCCGGUGGGGUCAAUCAUUCCUUCAUUCCAUCACCUCCUGUUCUCUUUGUGUAAUACUGUGCCAAAACUGAUAUCAGUACGAUUGCCGCAUAGAAGUUUCGAGUUUUCGAAGUUUACAGUCAAUCACGAAGCUGGUGACGUUGCUAGCACCAGUGUCGUGGUUUUAGACUGCCUGACUAAUAACUGUAAGUACAUCUCUUUUCAUUUACCACCAAUAUGCCAACUGAUUCCGUUAAAUCUCGUGAUAAAUCCCCCAACCUGCUAAGUGCAGAAAGUAAUGAUCUAGUUCGCGCCCUUGUUAAAAAACGUGGCAUAAUUAAAUGCAGACUGACUAAAUUUACAAACCAUAUAACAUCGCUAGAGAAUAGUGACGAACGUGUCUUUAAUAAUGAAAUUCGUAUAGAUUUAAAGUUGAGAAUUCAAGGUGCCGCUACUUUGUUUUCCGAAUUUAACGACAUUCAAACAAAGAUUGAAGAAAAUGUUUCUGAAAGUGAAUUAGCGGGUCAGUGUGAUCAAAGAGAACUCUUUGAGAACAGCUACUAUAGCACAUUAGCUCACGCGGAAUCUAUGCUAAAUAAUGAUGAGGUCAUGAGCUGUUCCAAGUCUUGUCACAAUUCUAAUCGCGAAGCACCAGUAAAACUACCCACUAUUUCCAUGCCUACUUUCGACGGUGCCUAUGAGCACUGGCUUGAAUUCAGAGAUAAAUUUACGUCACUUGUUCAUAAUUGUAAUGAUAUUUCCAGUAUACAAAAAUUUCACUACUUAAAAUCAUGUCUAAAGGGUAAUGCAGAACUAGUGAUUCAUUCCAUCGAAUUUUCUUCUGAUAAUUAUGAGGUUGCAUGGGAGUUGAUAUUAAAUAGGUAUAACAAUUGUAGGCUGUUAGUGCACAACCACGUAAAGGCUUUGUUUACUCUUCCCACACUAGCCAAAGAAUCUCCUAUUUUAAUUAGAAAUUUAAUCGACACUAUUUCAAAGAAUUUACGCGCACUAAAAAUACUUGGUGAACCCACAGACAGUUGGGAUAUACUGAUCAAUUAUAUUAUCGUGUCAAAACUAGAUAGGAUAACUGAACGCGAAUGGGAGACCCAGAAGUGCACUUUAUUCUCGAACGAAAAUAAUUCGAAAAAUACGAUAAAGUUGGAUGAAUUAAUUCGGUUUCUCAAACAUCGCGCGGACAUGUUGGAAACAUUGAAGCUUUCACAUAGUAAAGAUACGACAGCAACAAUCAUUGAAAACAAAAAACAACAUAAAUAUAACUAUACAACACACUGCAAUGUUUCCAGCAGCCCGAAUAAGUCGUACGAUCGUCAAUUACGCGGUAAAGCACUGUGUGUUAAAUGCAACGCGAAUCAUCCACUUUAUUCUUGCAAUAAGUUUAUAGAAAGCGAUUUAGAAUCAAAGUUAAAACUUAUACGGGUACAUAAUUUAUGUAAGAAUUGUUUACGUUCGGGACACACACUAAAUAACUGCAGAUUUGGGCCGUGUAGAAAAUGCGACAAAAAACAUAACUCGCUAAUUCAUAAUGAUAACUCUGCUAGUGAUAUAUCGUUCCAUGCUACAACGAGUACUGAAGGAGAUAAAAUAACCGAUGAUGUGCGAGCGCCUCGUGUGCCCGCGCCCGCGACCCCCGCUGCCUGCACUGACUCGCUUCGUAUCCAGGUAAACAAAUCACACAUGCAAACACAAUGCAAUGAAUUUGUAAGUGUGCAGUCUAUUUUAUUAUCCACGGCUGUUGUCGAAGUAGCCGAUGUACAUGGUACCUAUCAUAAAGCGCGAGCACUACUCGACAGCGGAAGCCAACGGUGCUUUAUUUCAAAAUUAUUAUGCCAAUUAUUAAAUACGCGAUUAAUACAGUCCACAAACGAAGUACGAGGCGUAGGUGAUACGGUCAUACAUUCUACUCAAGCUUGUAACAUCGUUGUUAAGUCUUGCAUCGAUAAUACGUUCACUACGCGCAUUCAUUGUUACGUGCUAUCGAAAAUCACAGCCUCGGUGCCCAUCGUAUGUCAAUUAGGCGCGCAGUUCUGUAUUCCAGACAACAUACGGUGGGCCGAUCCUGAUUUUUUAGGUUCUAAACCCAUUGACAUCUUAAUAGGCGCAGACCUGUUUUGGGAUCUAUUAGGAGAAGGAAAGAUUCGACUACCUAAUGGUCCGUACUUACAAAAUACCAGCUUAGGUUGGAUUAUUUCUGGUCCAAUUAACAAUAGUUACACGCAAAAAAAUACGCAAAUACAUUGCAAUUUAACUAACGCCUUAGAUACGCAACUUCGAUUGUUCUGGGAGAUCGAGGAAUUACCUAAGAUCAGAGACGCGCAGACUGAGGAAGAACGUGCAUGCGAGGAACACUUCAUUCGCACUACUACACGCAACAGCGAAGGGAGGUUUUGUGUGCGUAUUCCGCUCAAUCAGUCACCUGAAGUCUUGGGCGAUUCGUAUACGCAAGCAGAGCGUCGGUUUUUAGCGUUAGAAAAACGACUGCAGCGCUCACCUGAGUAUAAACGUUUAUAUUCCAAUUUUAUGCAGGAAUAUCAGAGUUUGGGUCACAUGACGCAGGUAGAUUCCUAUGAAUCCCCGUGUUAUUUUAUGCCACAUCACGGUGUGUUCCGUGAGCUCAGCACCACCACCAAGCUGCGAGUGGUGUUUGAUGCUAGCGCACCAUCCAGCUCCGGUAAGUCACUUAAUGACUUGCAGUUGGUCGGUCCUCCUAUACAGGGCGAUCUUGUUUCAAUUCUUCUCCGUUUUAGACAGCACAAGUACGUUGCAUGCGCCGACGUGGAGAAGAUGUAUAGGCAAUGUUUAGUAGACGAGGACCAACGCAGUUUGCAAAUGAUUUUGUGGCGUGACGAACCGUCGAAUCCAUUAAGGACAUUUAAAUUAAAUACCGUGACAUACGGAACCUCCUCCGCGCCUUUCUUAAGCGUUAGAUGUUUAAAGCAAUUAGCGGUCGAAUCCUCUGACCCUGACGUCACGCGAGUCAUACAAGAAGAUUUUUAUGUCGAUGAUUAUAUAACCGGGCUGGACAAUAAAGAUAAAUUAAUACAAUUAUGUGAUAAAACACAAAAGACACUUCAGGGUGGCUGUUUUCCACUGCGGAAGUGGAUAUUUAAUUUUGCGCGCGAUGAUAACAGCCAAUCACCCAAUCAGUCAAAACUAUUAACCCCAGAUAAAAAUAAUACACCUUCUAAAAUCUUGGGCUUAGAAUGGCGUAAUCUAAGUGACGAAUUUUAUUUUAAUAAUAUGCAAAUUAAUGUUAGUAUGGAACCCAUCACAAAACGGUCUAUUUUAUCUAACGUUUCUCAAAUUUUUGACCCUCUAGGCUUACUAAGUCCCGUUAUAAUUGUUGCGAAGGUGCUUUUACAACAAUUGUGGCUACUUAAAAUCGGCUGGGACGACACAGUUCCCGAUCAUAUAGCGCGAGUAUGGAACCGGUUUGUUAAUUCACUACAAGCGCUCGACACAAUCCGUAUACCUCGCCACGUUAUAGGUGUGCAACGUAUGUAUAUUGAACUGCAUGUUUUUAGUGACGCGUCUCAGACAGCGUAUGGCGCGUGCAUUUAUAUUCGCACAGUUAGUAUUGACUCGACUGUAUCGGUGAGAUUAUUAAUUUCAAAAACAAAGGUCGCGCCGCUGAAAACAUUAAGUAUACCGCGUCUCGAACUUUGUGGAGCUUUAUUGGGGGCUAGAUUAUAUGACAAGGAUUUUUCACCGCUUACUCCAAGCCAUUUCCUGAUUGGUCGACCACUUACUGCUCCAGUCUGCGAUGACGUACGCGAUGUACCAAUUAACCGCCUACAGCGAUACCAGAGGUUGGAACUACUUCGUCAACAGUUUUGGAAUCGAUGGACUAAAGAAUAUAUUUCUGAGCUGCAGGUGCGAGCGAAGUGGACCGUCAAUAAAGAUGAGUUGAAGCCCAAUUCGUUAGUGGUGAUAAAGGACAACAAUCUUCCUCCGCUGAAGUGGCGCUUGGGACGUGUGGUUCGCACAAUACCAGGUUCAGACGGCAUUUCCCGAGUGGCUGACAUACGGACGGCAGCGGGUGUGGUGAGACGCACCUUUUCGAAAAUUUGUCCUCUCUUCCAAGAUGUGGAUGAAACGCAAGAACAUUGAAAGCCACUGCUUCCAAGGCCGGGGGCAUGUUCGAGAUCGUACUCGUAUUACUGAUGGACGAGUAGAGGACGAUGAUAUGCAAAUUUGCAGUCAUGCGAUUGGUCAUCCAUAUUGUUCCCCUUUACCCCCCAAUCCUCGAUUCGUGUAACACACACCAUUUCAUUCAUGUAAAAAAGUUCGAACAAUAAACACCUAACUGUAGAAAAAUACGCCACAGACAAAA